AUGUUCUUGAAUCGCCUGAAAGGCAACCCAAAGAGGAUGCAAGCCUUGCCUGAUGACUUGGCAAAGUUGGUGCGGGACGAAGAUUCAAAGAGCAAAGCCAUCGACUUGAUCGUCGCUGCAGGAGGAGACGAAAAUGAGCUGGUCGGGCAGUGGACUGCAUCGUCCAUUUCUGUGGCGGCGGACAAGGAAAAGGGAAAGAUGAAACCUUUGACGGAACAGGAGUUGAUCGGCAAGUACGGAGCAGUCAAUGCUGCGAAGGUGAUGGAGGAAAAAAGGAAGGCUGGUUUGGAGGUUGAUGAUCCCAAUUGUAAAGGGCUCAAGCUUUACUUGCGCAACGAGUGGCAGAGGGAAUGGACGAGAGGCACAGAAGAACGAAGCAGUUUCACUGCUUCCGGAGAAGUUCGUGCGGGUGACGCUGCCAACGUUGCACAAAUUCUCAGUGUGCCCCGGGGGGCGCUGACAGGGCCCGGCCAGGAUGAUGAGGACAAUGUGGACAUGGAGGAGGACCCAAAGCCACUUCCGAACAAAAAACCAAGGAAAGCCAGGAAAAAUGAAGCCAGCGGCAAAGAGAAAGACGAAGACGAUGAAACUGAGCCGGAAGCACCACGAGUGGAGAAACUUACACGGCUGGACAAGGCGGCAGACUUAAGGGGGCGGGCCCUCUCGAAGGCCAACCACGCUGGCUCGAUGCGGAAGCAGUUGAAAGGAGUCAGCUAUGCGACUGAAUGCCUCAAGGAGAUGACCAACUUCGAGCAGGAGUUCCAGGCGAUCUACGACCAGGUGGACAAGCUCAUCUCUGAGCUGGUCCACGAUGAUGGGGUCUAUCUUCCCAUUGCUACCAGAUAUCUCGAUAUCGCGAAGCGUUAUGAGAGGCCCAGCAAGGUAGCAAACAGCUUGAUCCGAGCUGCGAAGGCGACUCCGAAGGAUCCAACCGCGCCCAAAGGAUCGGCUAAAGCCAACUCCAAGAAGCGCAAAGCCGCGGAGGGAGCCUAG